GAACCGCUAUUGUACUGAAUGUGAAACGUGCUGCAGUUGUAUGUUCAAUAUUCAUAUGUAGCAUUCGCUGAUAAUAAAGCACACAAGCUUAAAAAGCCACAAAAAAUGACUGUGUCGUUCCCUCAACAUAAAUCGAGACCACGACUUGACAUCACGUGACCGGAAAUGGUCUCCCUGCUGAAUCCAAAACGGUCCGUGGCUUCUCUUGUAAAACAGAAUUUUGUUCGCUGUCAAGUCUAAAAAACAGAUCACUGCAGAACUAAAACGAUUGUUUAAUUGCAAGCAUGAGUUGAAGAUUAAAAGAUGGGGCGUUUUCUAACCGGAAGAAGUUUAGAGUUGCAGUCUUUUGGGCGUACGAAUCUUAAAAUAAGAUGCCACGGAAAGAUCCUUGUCAAAAACAGGCUUGUGCCAUACAGAAAUGUUUACAAGCCAACAAAUACAUCGAAAGUCUUUGUGAGGAUGUGAUUCAAGCCAUGAGGAAGUGUUGUGAAGUCCACGCUGGAGAAAACUCUGUCUGCUGCUCUGGAUUUACCAAGGAACACAAAUCUACAGACACAAAGACAACCCUUUAAUAGAAAGCUAUACAGUAUGCACUGCAAGAGAUCAGAGACUUUCAAGGACAUGUGGAAUACAUAUUCAUCGUCUCUUGUAACUUUCAUUAAAUCAAGCUGUCACUAUUUAUUCAACAGUUUAUAGUGAGAAUAUUAUGCAUUCAACAUCUAGUGUCCAUCAUAGUGACCUGCUUUUUUUGUAUGUUCAAAACACAAAGGCCUUGUAGGGACAGCCUUAUGAAACGCAGAUUACAAAAUGAGAAAAGAAACUGGAAUAUUCUAUCAUGAUGUGCUGAGCAUUAGCUGCAAUUUAGGGAAAUGGAUUAGAUGUAUUGUAUAAAUAUCAAUACAACAAUCAAAACAAAGAUGAGACAAAAAGGCAAACCAGAAUUGUUUAAAACCGGAUUGUCUAUUUACUUUGAACAUUUCUGUCAUUAUCGGAUAACUUUUAUUGACCCCUUGGUCUUUGAAGUAAUGUCCAGAUUUAUUACAGAAAUAGCUUUGAGCAUCGAGUUUUAAAUGCACUUAGCUUAGUCAGCAUGACAUACAACUUACAAGGUCAGAUAUGGGUUUUUAAAGGGCCAAUUUCAAAUGUUUCAACUAUUUACAUGUUUAAAUAAGCUCACUUUUUAAGUCUUGUGUCAAAAAUAGUUUGUGCCAAAAUAAUAUAGCAAAAUGUUCAAGUACAAACUAAAAACAAUCCAAAAACUGAAACCAUACAUUCUAGCAUCGAUAUAUGUUUUCUAUCUAUAUGAACACAUCCUAAGAAUCAAAUCUUGAUCUAAAAAAAAGGAGUGCUGAGUUAAAUACAAGCUGCAAUAUCACACAAAAGCUGUAAUCUGAUGUUUGAUGACAUCCUCGGAGUAUAAGACGUUACAAUGAGAGAUCCUAUGAAGCUAGACCAAGCAGAAAUCCACCAGCAAAGCCUCCUGUGAGAACAAUGUUUUUCUUGACAAAUACUUGCACCUGCGUGGAGAGAGAGAACAUUUAAAUGAAUUCAACACAACGGCACGGCCUCUGUUUAAAAUCAAUGACAAUAGGCAACAGCACACUUUUCAUUCCAGUGAUUUCCAUUCAUACACAUGAGAAUCCAGGAGACAGGAAACGCAAGCUUUCACUUUGCCCCAAAAUUUUAAUUUGGUGAACUUAAACAGGACAGAAAAGAAAAGUUACCUCUCAUCAGCCUCACUUCUCUCUGAUGUGUGUGUGUGUUUGUGUGUGUGUGUGUGUGUUGCAAGUUGAGAGUGUGACUGGCAGUCGAGGAGAAAAAGAUGCACAUACUAUAUUCUCCAUUCGGUUGCUUUUUUUUUUUCUCAAUACUAUAAAUAAGCAAAUGUACACAGUAUGAUAACUAUCUACUGGCCAUGAUAUGCCAUAAGUGUGAUAUACCCUAUCUGAGAUACAAUGAGUGUGUGUUUUGAGCACACGAGGAAACAGAGUAUUACAAUUACAUAA